AUGCCAGCCAGGCAUUCUAAAGUAGGCAAGAACAGAAAGGAUGAGUACUAUCGGCUGGCCAGGGAGGCUGGGUACCGUUCUCGUGCGGCAUAUAAAUUGAUUCAGCUCGAUGCGCAGUACGGUUUUCUUAGUAGCACCAAGUGUCUUAUCGAUCUCUGUGCCGCCCCAGGCAGCUGGUCGCAGGUUGCUGCUAUGAAGAUGCCUGUUGGUAGCCUCAUUGUCUCUGUUGAUUUAGACCCCAUCAAGCCUAUCAAUGGUGUCGUUUCCUUCUGUUCUGACAUUACAACCGCUGCAUGCCGCAACGCACUAACUGAGAAACUGAAGGGGUGGGCUGUUGAUACUGUCAUCCACGAUGGAGCGCCGAACAUGGGGACAGCAUGGGGUGUUGACGCCUUCGGGCAGAAUACACUUGUUCUUGCUGCUUGCAAGCUAGCAACAGAAUUUCUGCGCAUGCACGGCACCUUCAUCACCAAGAUUUUUCGAAGUGCAGACCACGAUGCCCUCCUGUAUGUGUUGCGCCAGCUCUUUGAGAAAGUAGAGAUUACAAAGCCAAGGGCGUCCCGCGAUAAUUCUUCCGAAUGCUUUGCUGUUUGCUUACGCUAUAAAAAUCCCAAGGAGAUUGAUGGACGCUUUUUUGACCCUAACCAUGUCUUUAAAAAUUACACCGGCAUACAGCAGCAAUCCGACAAGGAAAGCAUGUACAAUGCUGCCCUCCGCUCAUCCAGCAAAACCAGUUCGUCUCUCAAGCAGUUGGCGGAGGACCUUAGCCACACCGCAAGGCACAGGACCGGCUACUCUGAUGAGCGUGGGGGUGGCCUUUACAUGCAGAUACCUGUGUUGGAUUUCCUUAUGCAUCCGUCUCCAAUAACGUUACUCGCUAAGUAUUCCGUGAUUUCCUUUGAUAAGGAUGUCAAGGGGAAUCCAAAGUUUCAGCACCUCUAUGGAGACAUUAAAAGGGGAGAACAAGUGAAGGACCCGAGCAUUAAGUUUAACCACCGCGUGGUGGAUACUUGGGAUGAAUAUACGCGGCUGCAACACGAGGUUAUGGCGCACGUGGCAACCACAGAUGAAAUCAAGUACUGCUGCCAAGACGUCCGGAAUAUGAAUAAUAAGGACUUUAGAAAACUUCUCAAGUGGCGUGAGAAGGUUAUAGCUCACAUUUGUGAGAUAACCGUUCCUGUGGAAAUCCCGAAGAGCGCCCCGACUCUUGAGCAGCUUGAGGCGCUUCCGGCAUACUCUAGCGACGAGUUUCUCCAGUUGACACCUGAACAGCAAGCACACCUACAGGAGCAAUACCUGCAGCGUGAGAAGCUGCGGAAAGAGCGUCGUGAACUGCAGCGAGCUGAGCGAAAGAUGGCCAAAGAUCAGGCACGACAGCUUAAAAGCAAGUCACAGGUAGAUGACCUUGCAGAGACGGCUGAUUCUGUAACUCUCAGAAAGCUCUUCACAAUGGAAAAGUAUCAGGUUGUCUGCAAGGCCCUCCGACUCUUUGAUUCUCGCCUUCUUCUUUCGGCACUACAGUCUGUCAAUUCAGAAGAAGCAAAGGCAGAUCUUUUUCAGAAUAUCAGUGAUGAGGAAAAGGAGGAGGCUCUUAAGCGUAUGGAGCAGAUUGCUAGGGGCGGAGAAGGAGAGUUCGACGAGGUUUCGCUAACUCUUCUGAGGCGUGCAGGUGCCAUUCUGAAGAGAGGUGACGGCGAGGCGGAAUUGAUACCUGGGCUUGAAGAAGCGAUUCAGCGUUCUGAUGCAACUAGUGUUCUCUCAGCUCUGCAGAAAAACCGUGAUCUAAAGCUGAAAGAGGGACCAGGCUCUGAUACAGAAACCAGUAGCGAUGAUUCGGAUGAGGACCCAGAGGCCGCUCGGGAGAGGUACUUAGCGUAUGUAGAUAGUAAUGCGGACUACUGGUAUGAUCAAAUGCUCAAAAAAAGGGAUGAGCUUGAACGAAGAAUGCGUGAAAAGGAAGAAACAUAUCGUAAGGCGAAGGGAAUCGUCCUCGAUGAAGAUAUCAAUGCGAAGAGGGUAGAUGAUGAGAACCUUGCAGGCAAAUCCGAGUUAGCGGAGCGAUGGUAUUCUAAUGAAGCCUUUUCAGAGCAGCCUGGUAUCGAUAGACUGCAUAACAUCAACGGACCCGAGGCACAGGAUGCCGGUACUGCAGACGAUGAGUACUGGAAUAGCUUCCCGCUUCCUCGUGAUUACCUGGACAAGACCGCAGCGCACAACAAGCGCAUAAAAGAGAUUGCAAAGCAGCAGAGGGAAGAGGCAUACAGGCAGGCCAAGCUGGCCAAGCUCAGCAGAGAGGUAGACGCAGAAAACAGUGUGUUUCCUGGUCUCAAGCAGCAGAUCCAACUACUCCCAGUUCACGAGGUAGAGGAGGGCCAGUCUCCGGACGAGCAGCUAACGUCAGGGAGCCAACAGAAGCCUGGUUCAAACAAGCAUGUAGUAGGCAUCAAGACAGAAGCGGCACGGUUAGGGUACUCAGCAGAUCGUGUAACUAUUACCAGUGGUGACGUAGGUGACACAGGAGACGUACAUACCAGUGGGUCAGACACAGAUCUCAGCGAGGAAACGUCGGACGACAUGUUCGUAGGUGACAAAAAGGAAAAGGACACAGCUCUUCUCAAGGAUCCACACAACCAGGCCCUGAAGCUUGCACUCGUGCAGAAGAUGACGACCAAAAAGGGGAAGGAGGCGAUUAUACAUUCCUCAAUUAAUCGCUUCUCUUUCUAUCGUGAUGAAGACCCGCGUACACUCCCCCGCUGGUUUGUCGAUGAUGAAGAGCGGAAUUGCAAGCCAGAAGUGCCGCUCACUGCAGAAGAGAUACAGCUUCAGAGAGCACGCGUUGAGGCUCUCAACGCCAGGCCAAUCAAGAAAGUCCGGGAGGCCCUUGCUAGAAAGCGCAUGCGGGCUUACUCGCGCCUGAAGCAAUUGACCACCAAGGCGGACACACUGGCUGCACGAACCGACAUCAGCGAGCGAGAAAAGGUGACCAUAUUAGAAAAGGCUGCUGCAAAGAUGCACAGGCGAGAAUCUAAGACGAAGAAGCGUGUCAUUUUAAGUAACCGCAACAAGGUUGGUGCGCUAUCUAGCGCGGGCCGUCGCGACAAGCGGGGAGUUAAGCACAUCGAUCGGCGAAUGAAGAAGGAUCUCCGAAAGGGCCACGCAUUCGAGGGCGGAGUUGGCAAAAAAGCAAUGAAGAAGCAGGGUCUCGUCAAUGCAGCCUUAGGCAAAUUUAAGGCGAAGCAGAAAAAGCGGCAUUGA